AUGGGAGUUCAUGUGGCAGAUUAUGUUGACUCAUUCCAUUCCCCUAAUUCUCCAAUCUCAUGGAAACGGGCAGGAGAUUGGCAGAGUGAGAACAAUUUGAAGUUGGAUGACAUACUCAAAAGUAGGAAGACUUUUGUGACUUAUGAAAAUGAUUCUAUUGUGUGGAAUGCUGCAAAAUUAGGUAAAUAUAGGGUGAAUCUGGGAUACAAACUGCAAAGAAAGAGACAAAAGGAUGUUGUUAGAGAUGAGGAAGGGAGUUUAGUUGGGGCCAUUUGUGGCCCUGUGGGUGUGGCUUCAAAUAAGAUUUUGGAAAUCACAACAUUAGAAGAAGGAUUGAAAUUGGUGUGUUCUAACGGAUUUACGAAAGUAAUGAUUGAGGGUGAUUCUCAAAUUAUACUAAAUGGGAUCAUCAAAAAUGGAUUCACGAAUUGGAGAUCAAAUGCUUGGAUCCAGAGGAUUAAAUCCUUGAUUGAUAAGUUGCUAGAUUAUCAAGUCCACCACAUCUAUCGCGAGGGCAAUAAAGUGGCAGACUUUCUUGCCAACAAAGGAAUUUCCGAGUCUAGGCCAGUAGUCAUGUCGUCGGUUGAGGCAGGGUUCAGAGAUCUUCAGAAGAUUUUGUACAAUGACAGCGAGCACAUCACAAGGAUGGGGGUUGGUUAA